AUCUUAAACCUCUCACUCAGUCACCCCUCCUCGCCAAAUACAUACAAAAUAUUUGGGUAGGUGGGGUGGGGUGGGGUAGGUAGCAUUAGCCAAUUUAGCCCUAAUCUUCUUCGUUGGCAUCCUAAUAAUAAAGAGAAAAGAGACGCUCUUUGCUCGAUCAAACCUCUGUCUCCUACCUACGACUUUUCACUCACACAUCUCAUCUACUUCGUCAUGGCGUCCAUUUCCAAGCUCUCAAAUCCAAACCCCACUUAUUCAUCAACCUCGUUUGCGUCCAGGUCUUCUCAGCCUAAAUUUUUUGUGGAUCUGCGUUCAAAAACUGCUUUCCAAACAAGAGUUUCAUCCUCAAGGUUGUCGGUCCACAUCAGCCAUCCUUUAAGGGGCUCCUUGCAUGUCAGAUGCUCCCAAAUCGAUGGCAAUGGAAGCCAAAUCAAGGGAACAACUCUCCAUGAUCUAUAUGAGAAGCAAGGCCAGAGUCCAUGGUAUGAUAACCUCUGCCGUCCAGUGACAGAUCUGCUUCCAUUGAUUGCAAGUGGUGUCAGAGGUGUUACCAGUAACCCAGCGAUUUUCCAGAAAGCAAUAUCAACUUCAAAUGCGUACAAUGAACAAUUCAGAGAACUUGUACAAGCCCGAAAGGACAUAGAAAGUGUGUACUGGGAACUUGUGGUGAAGGACAUUCAAGAUGCCUGCAAACUUUUUGAGCCUAUCUAUGAUCAAACAGAGGCUGGUGAUGGCUAUGUUUCUGUUGAAGUUUCACCCAGACUUGCUGAAAAUGCUGAAGGGACUGUGGAAGCUGCAAAGUGGCUUCAUAAAAAGGUUGAUCGUCGCAAUGUGUACAUAAAAAUUCCUGCCACAGCUGCAUGCAUCCCUUCAAUCAAGGAAGUCAUUUCACAUGGCAUAAGCGUCAAUGUAACUCUUAUAUUCUCUCUCACUAGAUAUGAAGCAGUGAUUGAUGCUUACUUGGAAGGCCUUGAGGCUUCUGGGCUAAAUGACCUCUCCAGAGUUACUAGUGUUGCAUCCUUCUUUGUUAGUCGAGUAGACACUCUUGUUGACAAGAUGCUCGAAAAGAUUGGAACUCCAGAGGCUCUUGAUCUCCGUGGAAAGGCUGCAAAUGCUCAAGCAGCUCUGGCUUACCAGCUUUACCAGAAAAAAUUCUCUGGUCCAAGAUGGGAGGCUCUGGUGAAGAAAGGUGCCAAGAAGCAGAGGCUGUUGUGGGCUUCCACAAGCGUCAAGAAUCCAGCCUACACUGAUACACUCUAUGUGGCUCCACUUAUUGGACCUGACACGGUUUCAACCAUGCCUGAUCAAGCUCUCCAUGCAUUUAUUGACCAUGGUACAGUUGCAAGGACAAUAGACUCGAAUGUAUCCGAAGCAGAAGGCAUUUACAGUGCCCUACAGAAGUUGGGGAUAGACUGGAGUCAUGUUGGCUCCCAGCUUGAACUUGAAGGAGUGGAUUCUUUUAAGAAGAGUUUUGACAGCCUGCUUGAUAGUCUGCAAGAGAAAGCAAACUCUCUUAAACUCGUCAGCCUGUAAACUUUAUGCUUUGUUUAAUUACUGCAAGAUGACUUUUAAUAAAGUGAUUGGGUUUCCAGUCCUGCUGUAAAGGAGUGUGCUGUAAGAGUUAUUUUUUUUACUAUGAUAGAUGGGAUUCAGUAAAAAUUAUAUGUAAGCCAAAUCUGUGUGGCAAUCUAAGAAAGUUCCUGGAGGCUAGUGUGGCCAAGACUUCAUGACUUGUGUCGAAGCAUUUAUAUAUUCAAGUUCUACAUGUUGAAAGAUUGUAUCACAUUGUAACUUGCAUUGAUUCGACUGACAAGAAGAGGGUGCAUGGGAGGUGAAUGUU